CGCUAUCGUAGCCAUUUAGAGAGCUCAUAGUCAGGAUCGAAGGGCUCUCGCCAGGUUAUAUCGGGUCUCCUAAAGACUGGUGUCCAAAAGCCUAGCCUGAUAAUCACAUAGGGACUACCGUCCUUUCCACGAAGCACAGCAUGUCCGAUCCUUCCAAAUCUUCCAGCCUUCUCGGCUACCUUACCCCACCUACCGACUCUCUCACCAAUAACUCCGCACCCAAUGCCUGGCCAGCUCACCUAGAUCGACUCGCCGUCACCCUGAUCUACAUCAUACUCCUUCUCGUUGUCCUCCCUCCUACGGUGAUCAUCUCGGUCACUCGGUAUUAUGCGUUCGGACCGAUGCACAAGGAUUGGGAUCUCAAAACUCAGGUGAUGAGCAACGUCAUGUACUGGUUCAUCCUCUUUCUCUUCCUGUUCAAACUCCCAGGGAAAGAUAGGGGGGAAGACAAGGUGGCCAAGACGAUGAGGAGGAAGAAGAUGGAAGUCGAACAAGUGGUCGUACCGCCUUGCGAUCAAUCGUAUGUGGUCGGAUGGGCGAAACAUCAGAUGGUCAAACCUAUGCCUAGGCCGGGGUUCAUGAUUUGGCCUACGAACAAGGCUAGUUCCGGGUCCGCGGAAGCCAGGGGGACAGGUCUGGAGAGGGCGAAAAAGGGGGAAAAGGUCAUCCUGUACUUCGUAGGAGGAGGGUUUAUCAGUGGACAUCCGCUGUUGAGCCAUCUGGCUUGGACGGUCAGCGAGUUGCUGGACACUCGGAUCUUCUGCGUCAACUACCGUAAAUCCAUUCAACCCGAUGCAGCAUUCCCCGGAAACCUCCUAGACGCGCUCUCCGGGUACCUAUACCUCGUCAACGAGCUAGGUUUCGAGCCGGACAAGGUGGUAGUCAUGGGGGAUAGCGCAGGAGGGAAUACGGCUUUGGGCCUGGCUAGGUAUCUGGGCGAGCUGCAGAAACAGCAAGGGGAGAGUGGGAGGAAGGAGGUGGGGAUGGUAGGAGGGUUGAUCUUGUUCUCGCCUUGGUGUGAUAUGACCGAACAACCUGGGACGUCGGCCGAGUUCAACAAGAAAUACGACUACGUCUCCAGCAUGGGCUUCAACGCCAUCGCCGCUCACACUCGACACUAUCCGAACCAUCUACGUUCUCCUUACUUUUCGCCGGCCUUGCCUUCUCCUGACGGUUCGCCCCGGUUCUCUCACCUGACCCAAGGUCAAGGCAAGACUGACAAAGGCAGUGUGAAUGGAGAGCAGAAGAAGGGGACAAAAGUCUACGUACAGGCGGGCACGGCAGAAUUGUUAUGGGAUCAGGCGAAGAUGUUGUGUCGGGGGAUGAGGGAGGAAGGGGUAGACGUGACUUUGCGAGAGGUUCCCGGGGAUAUCCACGUGGGGAUCCUGUUCAACCUGGCCAAACCGCUCAAGGCGACCCGGGAGGACCUGCCCGAGUUCUGGAACGGUCUCGAUUAGGAUCGACAGUGGUUCUCAUUUCCCCCCGAUGACUUCGUUUGUAGCUUGCAUAGUCUGGUCCCUGGUCGUGUGCGUGUCGUUUGUCAUGAACGAUGAUGAUGAUGUCUCGAGGAGGAACUGGUGGUCGUGAUUCCGAGUCUCGGAAGAGAUGGAAUUGCCGCCGAAGCUGCUGUCGACCAAAAGACGUCAUGAGAUUUCCUCGAGGUAGACCGAGAGCGAGGU